AGGUGCAUCUAGCUGUUGCAUCACCGUAUUUGUCCUCCUCUGCAACUUUCCCCGGCAAAAUUGUCUUACCAUUAUGAAAUUAUCAUUUAUCAAAUCUUUCCCGACCCUUUUCCUGACUUCACAGAAACCCACUUUUUUCUUGAGGCGAAAACGGUCCAUCCAAUGUAGAGCUUUUUGUUGUAUCUGAGCAAAUUUCCGCUACUUAUUCAUGGAUCCUAUCAUCGCUCCCUUUCAUUGGCGACCAACGUAAACUCCAAGAGCUCUUGAUGUGUUCGUGCUCUCAGCUCUUCGUUCUGUCUUGCCGUCAUUGUUCAUCUUCCUGCUGAAAUCUCACUUGGGUACAUCCACUCGUUUCGUAGGAAGUUAGGGAAGCGCCUUUCUCCUCCUCCGUGUCCUUCGUUAUGUAAUGUAGUCGGUGUUUAUCGAGAUCAGGUCCUUGCUUAGUUUCAAAGGCUUGUGGGUAGAAAGUUUCUGUUUUUUGUGCUAAAAAUCAUGUAGCUUGGAUUACAGGGCUUCAUAUGUUUAUGUUAUUUCUAGCAUUUGAUCCUCUUGUCCUAUUGUUUAUCUAGAUUGGCAUGGCCAGUUGGUUUGCUACUGGGAUUUAGAAAACUAGAUUUCAAAUUCCAGAUGCCCAUUAUCCUUGAAUCGAAUUGCUAAUCUUUUGUGGUCAUUUGGUGAUGAUGGGUGCGCGUUAAUUGUUCUCUUGACAACUGCUCUUCCAGUUUCAGAGUGUAACCCGUUUUACCGAUUAGGUAGUUAUGGGUGGUCGCUAACUUCCUCCAGCUAUCCCACUCUCAUUCUGGUCCAAAUUGCAUCUUCGUGGAUUGUCGUGGGUAUAAAACAUGCAACUUUCUCAUCCUCAGUUUACAGAGUUUGAUUGCUUUGGUGCCUGAGAGGAACUUAGAGCUUUACAUUUUUAUGUUUGAGUUCGAGAGCAAGCUGACAACUGCUAGGAGGUAGGGAAAUGGAGGUGUGUUUUAUGGAGCUUGUUCGUUAAGCUGUUUGUCUGCUGCUAAUGGCGGUUCUGCGCUAAUUCUCCUGUAGUUUCCUAAUGAAACUUUCUCCUUAGGAAUAGUUUUCUCUGCCCAGACAUGGAGUCCAAGUAAUCAGCAGUCAUCACUAUAUAACCUGAUAACAAUUCCAUUUAUUCUUUCGUUAUUUAGGAUUUAGGUACUGACAGAUUAUUCCGUAUCUUUCAGAUCAUAGUUCCUAUUCUUUAUGUAGUCUCACAUGAAUGCAAUAUUCAGGCGAGGCCAUAACUGUAAAUACUGUCAUGGGCCGAGUCAAGGAUCACUUGUCAGAGAUAUACCUCGGUUUCUUUUUCUCUUUUGCUUCCCAAUUCUCUUGAUGUGCAAAGCUUCAUUUAUCUGCCCGUAGCUUGAAUAUCAGGAUGCAAGCGUAGUGGUUAUCGUCAUCAUGCAACUUCCAUGUCUCACUUCUUUUCCUAACUUGAAUUUUGCAUCUCUAGUUGUCUACUUGUUCUGAUCCAAACACUACAGUGCAUAAGUCCAUCUCCAAAUUUCUUUCUGUCAUCGCUCCUUGCGUUAACCUACUGCAAACUCACCAUGGAGGAAACCUUUGUUCCCCUCCGUGGAAUAAAAAAUGAUUUAGCAGGAAGGCUACAGUGCUACAGGCAAGACUGGUCUGGAGGCCUCAAUGCUGGGUUCAGAAUCCUUGCACCUACUACAUAUAUCUUUUUUGCAUCAGCAAUCCCAGUCAUAUCAUUUGGGGAGCAAUUGGAGCGAAAUACAAAUGGUAUCUUGACUGCAGUUCAGACCCUGGCUUCGACAGCAAUAUGUGGUUUCAUCCAUUCUAUUUUUGGAGGGCAGCCACUAUUGAUACUCGGGGUUGCCGAACCCACAGUUCUCAUGUACACAUUCAUGUUCAACUUUGCAAAAGACAGACCUGAUUUGGGUCCAAAAUUGUUCCUGGCUUGGACAGGAUGGGUUUGUGUCUGGACAGCCUUACUGCUCAUCCUGUUAGCUGUUCUAGGUGCUUGUUCAAUCAUCAAUAGAUUUACUCGUCUUGCUGGGGAGCUGUUUGGUUUGCUUAUAGCAAUGCUCUUCAUGCAGCAGGCUAUUCGGGGGGUUGUAGAGGAGUUUCGUAUACCAAAAAGAGAGAAUUCCAAAUUGAUAGAGUUUGAACCUUCUUGGCGAUUUGGGAAUGGGAUGUUUGCACUUGUUCUUUCAUUUGGUCUACUUUUUACAGCACUAAGAAGCCGUAAAGCACGAUCAUGGCGCUAUGGAACAGGUUGGUUGCGAGGACUCAUUGCAGACUAUGGAGUGCCGCUGAUGGUACUUGUAUGGACUGCCAUUUCAUACAUGCCAUCUCAAAGCAUCCCAACUGGGAUUCCUAGGCGCCUUUUCAGUCCAAAUCCAUGGUCUCCUGGUGCCUAUUCCAACUGGACUGUUGUCAAUGAAAUGUUGAAUGUCCCCAUCAUGUACAUUUUCGGAGCAUUUAUUCCUGCAACUAUGAUUGCUGUGCUCUAUUACUUUGAUCACAGUGUUGCAUCUCAACUUGCCCAACAGAAGGAAUUCAAUUUGAGAAAACCACCUUCUUUUCACUAUGACCUUCUUCUUCUAGGUUUCCUGGUCAUACUUUGUGGGCUUAUUGGCAUUCCUCCUGCCAAUGGUGUUAUCCCACAGUCUCCAAUGCACACAAAAAGCUUAGCAACUCUAAAGCAUCAAUUACUGCGUAACAAGCUUGUCUCAACAGCUCGCAAAAGUAUUAGUAAGAAUGCAAGCUUAAGCCAGUUAUAUGGAAACAUGCAAGAAGCUUAUAACCAAAUGCAGACUCCAUUGGUUUAUCAGCCUCCACCUGGAGUGGGACUAAGAGAACUCAAAGAGUCAACAAUCCAAUUAGCUUCCAGCAUAGGAGCCAUGGACGCCCCAGUUGAUGAGUCCAUAUUUGACGUGAACAAGGAAAUAGAUGACCUUCUUCCUGUUGAUGUCAAAGAACAACGUCUCAGCAACCUGCUACAAUCAAUUAUGGUGGGUGGUUGUCUUGCUGCUAUGCCUUUCCUGAAGAAGAUCCCCACAUCAGUUUUAUGGGGUUAUUUUGCCUUCAUGGCCAUCGAAAGUUUGCCGGGAAACCAGUUUUGGGAACGCAUACUGCUUCUUUUUACAGCUCCAAGCAGACGAUACAAAGUCCUUGAGAAGUAUCAUGCAUCAUUUGUCGAAACAGUUCCUUUCAAGACAAUUGCCAUCUUUACCUUAUUCCAGACAGUGUAUUUGCUGGUAUGUUUUGGCAUCACAUGGAUUCCUAUUGCUGGGGUGCUCUUCCCAAUGAUGAUCAUGCUCCUGGUGCCAGUGCGGCAAUAUAUACUUCCCAAAUUUUUCAAGGGUGCUCAUCUACAAGAUUUGGAUGCAGCUGAGUAUGAAGAAUCACCGGCAUUGCCAUUUGGCAUGACAAUAAAUGAUGACGAUACUCAUAGCUUUGGAAUCGGUGCACGAGUUGGACACCAGGAUGAUGCUGAAAUUCUUGAUGGCGUCAUUACUCGUGGCCGUGGUGAGAUCAGACACAUUCACAGCCCCAAAGUAACAAGUACAGCUCCACAUGAUGAGCCUAAACUAGCAUACAGUCCAAGGUCUGCUGACAGGGCAUACAGCCCUCAUACAAAUGAGCUUAGGCUGGAGCAUAGUCCACGAUAUGGUGGGAUAACAACUGAAUCAAGUGAGACACCAAGGGCUGCUCGUAUAUCGACCCUAGGGCAGAGCUCUCAUUGUAAGCUCUAGUUUUAUUGUUGGUGUAGAGACUGGAAGUUGCAUGCUGAAGGUUAUUCUAUUUGGUGGUUUAUCUCCUUAAUUUUGCACAAGACAGUAUUUCUUUUCUUAUUUCUCAGCUAAUAUCCGAAUGUAGUAGGCCGUGUUGUAACCCUUUCAUUUCUAGGCAGUCUGGGCAGAUAACUGUGGCUUUAGUAUCAUAAAUGACUUGUCAGCUUUUGUUCAAGUGUAUUAUGCUGUAUUGUAACCCUUGCAUCUCUACGCAGAUAAGUGUGGCUUUCGUUCCAUAAAUGAAAUCAAGCUUUCAGAUACAA